UAGUCCUUUGUUUACAUGGAGUCUACUAUGCGGAAGGAGGCUCUUGGUCGCUCCGUGAUUCCAACCAGCUGUUUCCCGCCUUGAGAGACAUCCGAUCAGCUGCAGCUACACACUCUCAUGCGGACUGCAGAAGGGGAGGGAGAGAAGUGCUACACACGGAAACCCCACCACCACCAGCUGAAUGUAAAGUGGCAAUAUACAACCGCGAACAAAUUACAGGCUGUAAAUUAUUAUGCGAAUACCAGUGGAUUAGGCGCAUCGCGUAUUGUUUGUUUUUGCAAAGUGAAGAAAACAAGUUAAUUUUGGGGGGAAAUCAAAGGCUCGGAUACGGGAUGAAAAACAUGGAGUAUUUCAUGGUGCCAGCUGAGAAGGUGUCUUUGCAACAAUUUAGGAAAUCGGAGAAAGAAGUCAUCGGGGGUCUUUGCAGUUUGGCCAACAUUCCGUUGACACCAGAGUCUGCACGUGAUCAGGAGCGGCGUAUCCGGCGGGAGAUCGCCAACAGUAACGAGCGGCGCCGCAUGCAGAGCAUCAACGCCGGCUUCCAGUCCCUCAAGACACUCAUCCCACACAGCGACGGGGAGAAACUCAGCAAGGCUGCCAUUCUUCAGCAGACUGCGGACUACAUCUGCACUCUGGAGCAGGAGAAGACCCAGCUCCUACAGCAGAACAACCAGCUCAAACGCUUCAUCCAGGAGUUCACAGGCUCCUCUCCGAAGCGGAGGCGUACGGAAGAGAAGGACGAGGGCAUCGGCUCGCCGGACAUCCUGGAGGAGGAGCGUCUGGAGGACCUGAGGAGGGAGCUGCUGGAGCUGAGGACCCAGCUGGAGAAGGAGCGCUCUGGACGCGCCCAGCUGGAGGAACAGUUGCGUUCCCUGGACACCCAGCUCUACCCGGAGAAGCUGAAGGCAGUGGCCCAGCAGGUGCAGGAUCAGCACUCCCUGCUGCAGCACACGCAGACCCUGCUACGCCUCCAGCAGCUCCAACAACAGCAGCAGCAGCAGCAGUCAGAUAGAGAGCGGGAGAGGGAGAGGGAGAGGGACGCGAGCCCCCGCAGCCCACAGGUGAUGCCUCCUCCCACCCCCCCUGCCCCGACCCACCACGCCACGGUCAUAGUGCCCGCCCCCACACACUUCGCCACGGCCACCGCAGCCGCCGCCGCCGCCGCCAGCCCCAGCAGCACCAUCAUGUCCACGUCGCGGCAAAACCUCGACACUAUCGUUCAGGCUAUACAGCAUAUCGAGGGCACCCAGCGGGCCGGCAGUGGCGUGGAGGAGGAGCAGAGGCGGGCCGUCAUUGUCACCCCGCGCCGCGUCUCCCUGGAGACCACCACGGGCGACUCGGACACGGCCUCCGACAGCGAGGGCGAGGGCACCUGCCCCAUGACCUAAACCGCGUCGCUACCCCGCGUUACUGUAAACCAAGCCUGUAACUCACUACAGACAUCGAAAAAAAAAACAAGAAACAGUGAAUGUAUAACACUCACGGCAGCACUUACAUACAAACACACACACACACACACACACACACACACACACACACACACACACACACACACGUACUGUACAUGCGCAAACACACACUUAAGUGUAUUUUUUUACACUUAAGAUUCAAUCAUGGUCAUCUUGUGUUCAGUGGAAGAACAUUUGAUUGUACCACAUAAAACACAUAGGUAUACAUACACUCACACAGUAAAAGCUACCCCCUCCCCCUUCAUUUGUUUUGUUAUGAAUGAUGUUUGAUGCAGCUGGACUCUGUAAGAGAUGUGAUGAUGUCUCCUUUUUCCCCCCUUCCUACUUCCCUGUCUUUUUUUAUACUUCUUACAUCCGUGUUUAUUUUUGUUUAUCAUUGCGUUUCAGUUUCUUUUUUUUAAACUUUUAUAGUUACACUCAUCUCAGCGGCCCAGAACAAACCUAUGGCAGAAUUGAAUUGAGGUUGGAGCGAGAAAUGUGGACGAAAUCUAAGCGAGGUGACCAAAGAAUAGCCAUGUUCGCUCCUAGGGAGGGCCUACUUUUCUACCCACUAUAUGUACCACACAGUGUACACGCAUAAAACAUGCCAGAUGUACACUUGCAGUGUGGUGUAUAUCGCAGAUUAACAGCCAAUACUGUUUAUCCAACAUGCCUAUUGUGUACAGCCACUGUGCUGAUCAACAUUGAAUGUGUACAUCUAACAUGGUGUGCGUUCAACACAGCGGUUGUACACAUUCAACGUUGUGUACAUCCAACAAACACGUGGUACACAUUCAUGAUGUGUACACUCAUGCUGUUCUUACACAGCUACUGUUAACCCACCAUGUUGUUUACACAUCUAACAUGGUGUGCAUUCAACAAACUAGUUCUACCUUUUGUACUCGUAUACGACAUGAGUUUGUACACAUCCAUUACAUUCAAUAAACUGGUUGUACACAUCUACCAUGGUGUACACUCAGCAUACCAGUUUGUAAGCAUCCAACACUGUCCAUCAAACAUACUGGUUUUCAAUGUAUUCAACUGGAUUCGGUGUGUAAGAUUUUUACACUGACAACAAUUUGCAUCCAAGAUUGUGUUGGUCCACAUCCCUCACAUACACAUCCAAUACUAUGUAAAUUCAGCACGCGUGCACACGUCCAGCAAUUGUGCACAUCCUUGUGGGAUGUACCCAUUCAGCCCUGGUGUUCAUCCCGCAUCUUUGAUUGGACACAUCCAACAACAGGUCCCACGUUCAUCUUAUACGCACCUGACACUGACUACAUUCAGUAUGCUGCUUAAACACGUCCAACAAUGGUGUACAUCCAACAUCCUUGUGGUUGUACCGACUUUAUUCUGGUUGGACAUAUUGGGCCUCCACAAAAGGCCAUGAUGUCACAUUCUGUCACUUACUGUUUGUCAUGUCCCCAGUACUAUAGCUAGUGCCAUUUUUUUUUCUCUGACUCUUUCACUGUUUUAUUCUCUUGUUUACCGAACUCCCUUUCUUAGCAACCUUACCCAACUAUCCUUCUGAAUAAGUGUUUCUGCACUAAAACCUUACAAGCAUGCGAUCCUUCUCUUCUCUCUCGCUCUUGGUCUGUAUGCAUGUGCAUUACUGCGUUGUUUUUUGUCUGUUUUUUUUUUUUGUGUGUGUCGAACUUAUUUGUUUAUAUUGUUGUUUGUUUUUCCUUUCCCCCCUUUGUGGAGGAAGGCGGAGAUGAGAGUCGUGCUUUCGACAGAGCCGUGGUGGUCGGUCGGUCGUCGUUUUUUAUGAUUGUUAUUAUCUAUGCAGUCUACACCGUAACGCGUACACUAAUAGACACUAUUCCGAUGCAAUUAUGACAGCACACAGCAACAACAACUAACAGAGAUUACAAACUAGCCUGCCACCGAUGAGGCCCAGCCUUGAUAUGAAUCACGAAUAUUCCAAACGGUGGUUUAGCUGCUAACCCAGGUAAGUUAGCAGAGUGACGUGUAAGCCUCCUAAUAGAAGAGAUUGCAGGUUUAUCCUUCAGGGCUCUUCUAUUAAGAGCGUUACGUUUUUCUGAACGUUAACAUACCGAGGUCAGAGACUAACCUUGCUUUCUGGACCAUGCUCCGUUACUGUUGUUCACCCCGGAACUCAAACCCAACAUCUAGGGGGUUUACUGUACUUAAAGCAUCCCACUCAUACCCCGGCAUCACUAUUUGUGGGCGGUUGGGUGGAGUUGUUGCCCCCCUUCCUAAAGACCGGCUCUUGUUAUGGCUUGCAUAACAGACCUUACACACACACACACACAAGUUGAAAGCACUAGAUCGGUAAUUGGAUAAUAUUGCUUUGAGUUGGUUUGCGAAACUGGCUGAAAAUAGGUGGGGAAGUGUGGCACCAGCCCUUACGACUGAAACCGAAGUAAUCACGUGGCCUGUGCUGAACUUGUAGAGAUAAAAUGUUAGAGAAGACUGAAACAAAGUUUGAGAAGACUGACAGACAUACUAGCCUGAGGUCACGUGUUUCAUAGAAUUUGAGAAGUGAAAUUGAGGUCAGACACGGUUGGGACAUCUUGAAGGAAGGUUAAACAAAAAAGGCUGUUCAGCCCGUUGGUGUGCAGUCUUGUAUAAGUUGCAGUGACGCGGGUUAGAUCUGUGUUUUUAUUUUUCCAGGAACGUCCCCAAAGCUCACUAGGCUAGCUAAUCCAAGAUGACUAGAGCACAUUUUGAGCAGCACUGUAAGAUGGUCCGGUAACGCUUUCUUUUACAGUGCAGUUACCACACGUAAUUACUGUGUGCUUUCUGGGUAACAACAGGGUAACUGAGAGAAAUUGCAUGGUAUCUAACGGGUACAAAAAAGGGUAAUUACAAAGUAAAUAACAUGUAAUUGCCAACAAAAUGAAAUGACUGUCCAUUUGCUGAGUAACAUCAGGGUAACAGAGAGAAGUUAGAUGGUAUCUAACAGGUAACUUCUCCCUGUUACCCAGACGAUACACGGUAGUUUUAUAGAAAUUCUUGAGGCAUUUGUAUUACAUGGUAUUACUUUGUCAUUACCCCCUUUUUACCCAUUAGAUACCAUGUAACUUCUGUCUGUUACCCUGUGGUUACACAGUAAGUACACAGUAAUUACUGUACCGUAAAGGAAAGUGUCACCAAUGGUCCUAAUCUCCACACUGGGCUUGGUCUUGGGACCGCCUCUUCCCCUCCAGUAGAGGACACGCCAGCUGUUUGUUCAGCCUAGAGCCACAAUCCAUUUUGUAGUGGUAAUUCAACAUUUGGAAUGGCAGCAAGUAUAAUCAUUAGAAAAAGUGCUAAAUUUAACUGGAGUGUUCAAGGAGUGUUAAUUAAUUCAACACUUAUAAGAGUUGAAUUAAACACUCUUCUGCUCUCUAUAGAAAAGGGUUAAGUUUGAGUGUUAAGUGUUCAAUGUGUGUUAAUUCAACACUUAAUAACAUGAACCCUCUUCUAUAGAAUUGUGUGUCCUUCACUUUGAGUGUAAUAAUAACAUCGCAAAAUGCACUGUGGCUUUUCGUGAUGGGGAGGUGACAGAGCAAGAGAAGAUGGUGGGGGUCUGAGAUUAAUUGAGAUUUUUGUUUUGUUCGUAAAGAUUAUAUUUCUCUGACGCAUAGUUUUGUUGGCACUUGGAUGAAGUUCUCUACCGCUUCGUACAGUACAGUUUAUAUGGUCUGUCAUGGUCCAUAGCAUGUGAAAAUAGAUGACUGCUAAUGAUUUUUAGGUGAUACAAUUUUAUAUGUCAAGCCACAGUGACUCUGCUGCAUUUUUUUAUUUUUUUAUUUUUUUUUAUUAGUUUUCAAGGGCAAGGGGCCUGACAGGCGUUCUGUUAAAAGCUAAACACGUCUGUAAACUAGUGUUUCCUGUCCGUCUCCCCUGUUUGUUUCCUCUGCAUUCUGUACUUUUUGUUUGCUUGUUUUGUUUUUGUUUUUUGUUACUGUCAGAUGGUUUUUGAACUUUGUCUUGGAUGGUGUUGCUUCUGUAGUUUUUUUCCGUGUUACCGCUGGAAAACUUUUCAUCUCCCAUAUUACCACCUGUACAGACAAACAAAUGAAAAAAGAACUGUAUGUGUAAUAAAAAAAAAUACUAGAAAGAAAGACAAAAAGAAAGUAACAAAAAAAUGUACAGAACCUGAAGUAAAAAAGGAGGGAAAAAAUUAUAAGGGUACAAGUUAACAGGCUAACAUGAAGCACUUAACAGUCACACCCAUCUACGUACACACACACACACGCUCAAACACACUUUUGAACUCCAGAAAAGAUACAGCCAUUCCGUGAUUUUGUGUCUAUGUCUCAUGGUCCUCAUCAUUAGCUUUUUGUUCUUUAGUUUUUCCCGCUUUUUCUCUUCUUUUUUUGAAUUCAUGCUUCUGUUUUCUUCAUCUUCUCUUAUUACAUCUGCGCAUUAUAAGCUAUCGUGUUUUUUGUUUUGUUUUCUGUUCCCUUCACAUUUGUUUGUAGAAGUGCUCUGUGUUUUAAAAAAAAUAAGCGGUUAUAUUUUUUUGCUCAUUAAGAGGGGUUUUGAGAGGCCAGUGCCUUUUUUUCUUUUCCAAAUGAUGAAAGAAAAAUAAUAAAUUUUGUACUUUUUUUACA